AUGCUUGCUGCUAAAAAUGCCUCGUCGGCGAGCGACUUCGAGGAUGCCACAGCACCGUCAUUAGCCAGCCCUCGUGUGGUCGUCUUAACCAUACUGCUCGCUGCCUUCUUGUACUUCUACAUCCGUCGGAGGAGCCAGAGAACGCUCGAGAUUGCCCUUGCGCAGCAAUAUAACUGCGAACCGGUUCUUCCCAGGGUGCCAUACAGACGGCCCUUAGCACUGGAUCUGCUGAAGGUUCAAUUCGAAGCCUUGUUUAGUGGACACACCCUCGAAGCAUUGACUGACUAUAUUACCAUCGCCGACACUGUCAGACUGGAACUUUGGGGGGUGACGGGAUACAUCACCACUGAUCCAGCAAACAUCGAGACUAUACUCUCAACACGAUUUGAUGAUUACGGGCUGGGUAAUCGUCGCGUCGCAGCAUUUCCUCUGCUUGGGGAAGGUAUCUUCUCACAGGAUGGCGCUCCUUGGAAACACUCGCAAGAUUUGAUCCGACGCCAAUUCGCGCGGGUGCAAAAGCAAACGCUCUCAGUGUUCGAGCCUCACGUCAACGAACUCGUCGAAACUCUCACUGACGCAGCAGCCGCGGGCAAUAUCGUCGAUAUGAAGCCGUUCUUCUUCGAGUUCACCUUCAACACGACUACGCAGCUCCUAUUCGGCGAGCCCCAUAGCAGCCUAUCUCGGGAAGACCGCGAUGCUUUGCGAGACAGUUUCGACUAUGCUGCGCUCGGCGUCGGUAUCCGUGUUAGGUUGGCCGACCUGGCUCUCUUGUAUAAUCCCCCCAAGUUCCGCAGAGCAUGCACGGUAGUGAGGGAUUGGGCGACAUUUUUCGCUGAUAAAGCCUUGAGAUACAAAGACGAGGUCGGGGAGGAGAAAGCUUCUGAAAACUUCCAUCUAGUCCGUAACCCAGACAUUCUCGACAGAGUGAGACGGGAAGUCUCGGAGAUACCGUCAGACAUGCACAUCACGCGCGACCAGAUACAGAGACUACCCUUCCUGCGAUGUUGCUUUAGCGAGAGUAAGAUGCCCUCGUCCGCUAUCACCUUUGAUGCUGCUAUCAACCUUGUUGACAGAUAUGCAGCUCUUCGAUUAUACCCUCAACUGGCACUGGCUAUGUGGAUUUCAACGGAGGAUCCAGGCUCUGCCUCGGGAGACUUUGCCCUGAUGGAAGCUAGUUAUGCCGUGGUUAGAGUACUGCAGGCAUUUCCAAACAUCCGUCUCCCAAGCGAAGUUCCGAACGAACCGGUCGGUGCGGAACGGCAGAGUUUCUCGAUUGCGCUGUCACCCACAGAUGGUGUCAAAGUCUUGCUGACUUAG